AUGGCCGGGGCUUUACAAAACGCGAGGAAAGACCUCCCAAAGAUCAGAGAUGAGGAUCGCGAGAGUAGAUUUGGUCAGGUUUUUGGCGUGUCGGGCCCAGUCGUCAUCGCUGAGAAUAUGGUCGGCGCUGCUAUGUACGAGCUCGUCCGUGUCGGUCAUGAUGAACUUGUCGGAGAGGUGAUCCGUAUUGAAUCAGACAAAGCCACAAUCCAAGUCUACGAGGAGACGUCAGGAGUGACAGUCGGUGACCCUGUUCUGCGUACAGGCAAGCCCCUCAGUGUAGAGCUUGGUCCAGGACUUAUGGGAAACAUCGUUGAUGGAAUCCAACGACCUUUACGGUCGAUUCAAGAGCUCUCUAAAUCCAUUUACAUUCCCCGUGGAAUUAAUACCGAUGCGCUGGACCGCUCUAUUCAAUGGGACUUUACACCCACGACAUUUAAAGUUGGCGAUCAUAUAACGGGAGGCGACAUUUUCGGACGAGUAUACGAGAAUUCACUGGUCGACAAUCACAAAAUCAUGCUUUCUCCGCGAGCACUUGGCACAAUCAUCCACAUUGCAGACAAAGGAAGCUAUGCUGUCGAUGACAUCGUCUUGGAGACCGAAUUCGACGGAAAGAAGACGAAGCAUACAAUGAUGCAGCUCUGGCCUGUUCGAGCACCGCGUCCCGUGACCGAAAAGCAAACCGCCAACUACCCCUUGCUGACUGGACAACGUAUAUUGGACGCACUCUUUCCUUGUGUGCAGGGCGGUACAACAGCUAUUCCUGGCGCUUUCGGUUGUGGGAAGACCGUCAUCUCGCAGGCCCUUUCCAAAUUCUCCAACAGUGACAUAAUCGUUUAUGUUGGAUGCGGCGAGCGUGGAAAUGAGAUGGCUGAAGUCUUGAUGGAGUUCCCUGAACUAACCAUGGAAGUCGGUGUCCGCCAAGAACCCAUCAUGAAGCGUACAACGCUGGUUGCCAACACCUCGAAUAUGCCUGUCGCCGCUCGAGAAGCAUCGAUUUACACUGGAAUCACGUUGUCGGAAUAUUUCCGUGAUCAAGGUUCCAAUGUCGCCAUGAUGGCUGAUUCUACUUCUCGUUGGGCAGAAGCCCUCCGUGAAAUCUCAGGACGUCUUGCAGAAAUGCCUGCUGAUUCUGGCUAUCCUGCCUACCUUGGAACGAAAUUAGCCAGUUUCUACGAGCGUGCAGGGAAGGUGGUCUGCCUCGGCAACCCUCAACGACAAGGCACUGUUUCAAUUGUUGGAGCAGUAUCUCCUCCAGGAGGAGAUUUCUCGGAUCCUGUUACUUCUGCAACGCUAGGUAUUGUUCAGGUUUUCUGGGGUCUUGACAAGAAACUCGCCCAACGAAAGCACUUCCCAUCGGUCAACUGGUCACUUUCAUAUUCGAAGUACACCAAGGUUCUAGAGCCCUACUACGAAAGUACCGAACCCGGGUUUGUGGAGCUGCGAACAAAAACGAAGGAAAUUUUGCAGAAGGAAGAAGAUCUGGCGGAAAUCGUCCAACUAGUCGGAAAGAGCGCUCUUGGCGAGAACGAUAAGAUCACGUUGGAGGUUGCUCGCAUGCUCAAAGACGAUUUCCUGCAGCAGAACGGCAUGAGUGAAUACGAUCGAUACUGCCCAUUCUACAAGACCAGUUCAAUGCUGCGGAACUUCGUUGGAUUCCACGAUGCCGCGAUAAGGGCAGUUACUCAGAAUGACCUCACCUUCGCCAAGAUCAAGGACUCAGCGGGAGAUAUCAUGUUUAAGCUUUCUCAGAUGAAAUUCGAGUCUCCUUCUCAAGGGAAGGAACCGAUUAAAAAGAAGCUCGACGACCUCUAUGCUGAAAUUCAAGACAAGUUCCGACAAUUGGCAGAGUGA